GGACCAGAAAAGUGUUCGGAAAAGGGGGGUAGGGGGAGGAAAAAGCGCGUGGAGAGCGAUCACUUUAACGAAACACCGGGAGCCCCUCUAUUCAUAUCAGAUCCCUUCAGCAACAUAGAUUCAAUCCCUAUUAUUUCUGGAAUCAACUUUUUUCUUCUUCUUUCAACAAUAAAAGUUUUUUUCUUCAAAAGAAUGGAGAAUUAGUUUCUUCGCAAUCACACAACUAACUGAUCGUCGACUUUACGAACGAAAAGAUGGAUCCAAAUCCCUACAACGACGUAAACAAGAAUCCCCAAUCCACAUUCUACGGUGCUCUAUCUGGAUCUGUCUGCUUCCCCAUGCCUCUCAUGUACAAUCCCAUGAACUCCUACCCUUUCAUGUCAGCUCCCUUCCUACCCAUGCAUCAUCCCAUGUUGUCUAACCAUGGACUGCAGGAUUCCCACGUGCUCAAUCCUGCUUCAGAUUCCAUGCAGCUGGCAAAAUCUUCCGAAGAUUUGAGCACCAGGGCAUUUGCCUACCUUCAAAGCAGAUAUCAGUCUAUGGGCAAAUGUUUCCUGCCCCCCUCGAGGAAAUCUUCUAAAUAUUGCCCGUCUAUAGUAGAUGUCCAGUCAACGGAUGAGAAGAUGGGAUACAGUGAUCCCAUUAUGGGAGUAACGAGUAACAGUACCAGUUACUCCGAUAAAGACUGUUACUUAUCUAGUCCUGGUACAGAAGUGGAAGAACCAGAUUCAUCAGGGAAACGUUCGACCGAUGUUAUAGAACAAAAAGUGAUUCCAAGGUGGAAUUGUGAUUCAAGUCAACCUCCCAUAUGUCCGAUAUGUGGACGUACCAUUCCUUUACAAGACUUAAGUGACCACUAUCUAAUGGAGUUGGACAAACUGAACGAUCUCGUCACAAGAAAAGAAUGGUUGAACGGAGACGAAGAAUUGAUGACCUCAUCUCGGUACCAGUCUUAUCAUGAUGUUGAGAGGAGAUGCCCAGAAUUUCGAAAAGAGACUUAUCUUCGAGUGAGAGCGAACAGAAUAAAUAGGCUGGCAGGUCCUAGAUCAAAGAGAUUGUGUAUGGAAGAUUCUUGGAAACUCCAAAAAAUUGGCCCUCUUGUUAGUCCAAAGAAAGAAGAUCUCCAAGAAGAGAAUACAGCGCAUCAAUCUAUGCUCAUGCUAGAAUUAACAGUUCAGCAGCUGGCAUCAGCGGAAAGAAAACCCGAAACAGAAAAAAAUAUUUUCCAGGAACAUUUAAGCGACGAUCAAACAAAAUCUGGUCUAGCAGACAGCAGCUCCUGCAAUAAUUUAGAAGUGGCAUCAUGUCCAACAGACUCAAAGCAAUCAAUGGAGGAAGACAAUCCUUGUUCGAGUCUUGUUGACAUAAAAUGUCAAGUGUGUUUAGAGUCCUAUAAGAAACCUGUAGUUUCUGUUUGUUGUUGGCAUGUGCACUGCGAAACCUGUUGGCUGAAAUCACUG